AUGCUGUUGGAAAGCUGUGAGAAUACUGCCUUGAAUAGGAAAAGCUUUACAACAGGUGCUAGUGCUGGGAAGCAAGAAGACAGGACGCAAGAGAAGCGGUGCCAAGGCCAGCUCAUCAGUCCCGCCGCGGCCGCGCACUCACCGCAGGAAGCGCCGGAUCUCCGCGGUCCCCACACCGUCCAGCCGCAGCACCUCGGGGGGCGGCCGCCCCCCUCCCAGGGCGGCGAAGAGCCGUGGCGCCCGCGCCAGGAGCACCGCCCGGUGCGCCCGGAGCGCCGCGUCGCCCACCCGGAUGGUCACGUCGGAGCGGGUCCCCUCCGCCAGCAGCCUGCGGGACGGCACCGUUACCGCGUGUCCCCGCCCCGCACGGGGCCGCCCCCACCUCGGCCGCCGCCCCGCGCCCACCUGCCGAGGUCCUGCCGGAGCUGCUCGGCCAGCGCCUCCUUCAGCCGCUGCCGCUCCGCCGUCGCCGGGCUGGGGCCCUUCGGCGCUGCGCCGCCGCCGCCGCACCGCGCCAUGUGCCGGCCGCUCCGCUCCGCGCCCCGCGCGGCGGCAGAGGCGCGGGGCGGGGACCAGCCGGUCCCUUGCCGGCGGCCCGCCGUACUCACGGAAACAGCCGGGACAGCGCUCGCGGCCGCGGGCCGUGCCCGCCUUCCCGCCAGGGCAGCGGGAGCAGCGCCGGGAGCCGCGGGAGCCGCGCGGGGCGGGACGCGGCGCCUUCCCCGCUCCGCGCGCAGGGCGUGGCCGGCGCUGCCCUCCGCCAAUCAGAGCCGGUGGCGCUGCGCCCGGCCCCGCCCCCGCCGGGGGGGGUCCGUGCCGGGGGGCGGGACCUCCAUGCCGGGGGCGGGGCCUUUCGGCCCGGCCGAUCGCGGCUGCCGCCGGGAGAGCACCCCCUGGCGGCCGCUGCCCCGCCCCGCCGGCCCGGCCCCGCCGCGCCCCUCCCGCGCGCGGAGCGGCCCUGACGGAGCGUGGCGUUCGAGGGCCGCCCGCGCCCCGUCCCCCCCCGCACCUCCCGCAGGGAAGGGGCAGCAGCCCGCGGGCCGCAGCCCUCAGCCAGCUGGUGCUCUGCAGGAAAAUCCGUACUCCCCAUCAGCGGCUGCCUUGCCAAAGAAAUAA